UUUGAAGGUUUCUGGUUCGUACGAUUCAUACGGAAUUCAUACCAUUUUCAGCCAAUAGGAGAGCCAGCUCGCAUUACGUCAUUACAUCACAAAAUUCCUCAUUCAUUCUCUAACACCACUUCCCUGCUCUUAUCUAAGCUUUAACAUGGCUCCCAAAAUGAGAAGCAGUAAUGUUCUGCGUUAUAUUGAGAGUGCGGGACUCUCUGAGGAUCUCAGCGGGUUUGAGAGUGAGAACGUAUCGGCAGGGUCUCGCUUGGCCACCAAGAAUGAGACGGCAGUUCAUGUAGAGAGCACAGCUCGUCUAUAUGAACUCCGUCUCAUUCAGAUGGAGAAAUUCGCCAUACGAGAGAAGGACACGGCUAUUCUUUUUGGUGAAAAUAGCCGUCCAUUUAGGGCGGCUACUAUCAAGACCUUUCUCGAAUACUUAGGCGAACCGAAGGGCACCAAAAUUGGCAGUCUUGCCUGCAAGGGUCUGGCGCCACCUUCCAUAAAAGGGAUGGAAGCAGCAUUAAGAUUCUGGAUGCCGAAGUUUGGGCAUGUUGGCCCAUACAGUGAGCAAGUUAAAAGGGAUCAUGAUGGGAAAAUUAUAGACAUCAUCCCAAAAGGGAACCCUAUGGAGGAUGCUGGUGUCAAGACAUUGAUACGUCCGCUAAAUAAAAGGAAGCGCCGAACUUCUAGAAAAGACAUGAGGGCCGGCAUGAAGCCCUAUGAGGCAAAGAAGGCGCCACCAUUCUCUCUUGAGGAUAUGCUCAAGAUGAGAGAAUACUGUUUGAAGACAGUUGAGGGGUCCAUCAGAGAGGACGACGGCAUCUAG